AUGCUCUCGCUCAAACAUUGGUUCCAGUCCAGCAAGAACUCCGUGUUCGACCGGAUCUUCGAGAUCCUGGGCUCGGGCCCCGACGACGGCCGGGGCACCCCCGACUCGGCGCUCUCGCGGCUGGGCCUCCGCCUGACUGAGCGCCUCGUGCUGGACGUCCUCGACUACGGGACGAGGAGGCACGGCGGCGUGCUCCCUUGCCUCAAGUUCUUCGACUGGGCGGGCCGUCAGCGCGGGUUCUACCACACGCGCGCGACCUUCCAUGCGAUUUUUAAGAUCCUGUCGACCGCGAAGCUCAUGUCGCUGAUGAUCGAAUUCCUCCAGAGCUGUCAGAUGCAGAAUUACUUCCACCGGAUUAGGUUUAACGAUACAUUGGUGAUGGGGUAUGCGGUCGCUGGGAAGCCCGAGUUUGCACUCCAGCUGUUCGGUAAAAUGCGCUUUCGAGGUUUGGACUUGGAUACGUUCGCAUAUCACGUGUUCUUGAACGCUUUGGUGGAGGAGAGCUGUUUUGACGCUGUCGAGAUGGUGGCGAAGCAGAUUUCUCUGAGGGGGUUCGAGAGCGAGAUCACGCACUCGAUCAUGAUGAAGUGCUUUUGCAAGCGGAAGCAGAUGGACAAGGCGGAGGAGUAUUUGCGCGGGUUGGCUAGCGAAGGGAAGAAUUUGAGCGAGCGUUUGCUGUGCACGUUUGUCGAUGCUCUUUGCCGGAAUGAGAAAUUUGAGCAGGCAUGUGCUUUGGUAGAGGAGUUUGCAGAGUUAGGCGUCAUGCCCAUGGACCGUGUUUACGGUGUGUGGUUAGGAGACCUUGUCCGAGCUGGGAAAAUAGACAGAGCCUUGGAGUUUUUUCAGUCCAAGAAGCAUUUGGAAGGAUAUAUUCCUGAUAUGUAUCGCUAUAAUAUGUUGAUAUGCAAGCUUUUAAGGCAAAAUCGUCUCGAGGAGGUGUUUGACAUGCUGAUGGAGAUGAAGGAAGCCCACGUUCUACCUGAUAAGGUCACCCUAAAUGCUGCUCUAUGCUUCUUUUGUAAAGCUGGAAUGGUGGAAGUUGCCCUUCAACUGUUUGAUUUGAGGGCCGAAUUCGGGCUCUCCAUCAACGGGAUGGCUUACAACUAUUUGAUCAAUACAUUGUGCGGUGACGGGAGCACGGACGAAGCAUAUCGUGUCUUGAAGAACUCUAUGGUGCAAGGUCAUUUCCCGGGUAUAAAAACCUUCGACGUCCUGGCAGAUGCUUUGUGCAGUGAGGGAAAGCUUGAUAAGAUGAAGGAGUUGGUGGGCGCGGCACUGGAUCGGAAUUUUAUGCCUAGUUUUCCCACAUACGAGAAGUUCAUAUUGGCCCUGUGUAGGGCUAAGAGGGUAGAAGAAGCUUAUUUAUUACAUGGGGAGAUCAAUAAGGUUGCUCGUUUCACCAGGAAAACAGCUAUCUUGAAGUUGAUUCAUGGCUUUAACAGUUCAGGUAGGGGGGAUAUUGCGGCCAGGCUUCUUAUUGAGAUGCAAGAUAAGGGUCACGUUGUGGGUAGGCCAUUGUUCAGGGCGGUAAUUCGCUGCUUUUUUUCCAUGGAAAAUCCGGAAAACCAAUUCCUAAGAUUCCUGGAAAUGCAGCUGUCUCGUGGUGAACCGAGCAUUGAGUUGUAUAAGAACUUCAUUGAUGGAGCUGGGCAUGCCAAGAGACCUGAACUGGCUAGAGAAGUAUAUGAGAUGAUGAGGAGAAAUGGCAUUCAACCUGAUGUGCAGGCUGACUUUCUCAUGUUACAGAGUUAUCUCAAGAGCGAGAAAGCUUCGGAUGCUCUCAAUUUUUUCAGUGAUAUAUGCCAUAGGAGAAAGGUUAGCACGAAACUUUACAAUACCCUUAUUGCUGGUCUCUGCAAGAUUGGAAAGGCAGAUGUUGCAUGGGAGUACAUGAGCCAGAUGAAGGAAAAGGGGUUGGUUCCAAGUGCUGAAUGUUAUGAGCUUCUCGUGCAGCUCCACUGCUCACAAGAGCAGUAUGAUGCUGCAUUUGAUGCUAUUGCUGACUUGAAGAACGUCAAACGCCCCGUCACGGCCUUUACUGGCAAUGUGCUUUUGUUUCAUUCCUUGAAAAGCCCGAGGCUAUACAUGGCAUGGGCACGUUCAAGCAAAGAGCAUGAUCAGAUAUCUGAGAUUUCAGAGCUUGGCCAACUCCUUAGAGCAUUUACUGUUGAAAAUAUAACUGGUGAAGACGUUGCGAACACAGAAGAAUUGAUCAAACGUUGCUUCCGGCCCAAUCUUUACACUUACAACAUGUUACUGAAGAAACUGUGCAUGACUGAUGUGGACGGUGCUAUCGAGUUCUCCAACAGGAUAUGCAAAAUGGGAUUCGAACCUAACCUGUGGACUUAUGACAUUUUAGUGCAUUCUCUUUUCAUGCAUGGAAGAGCAACCGAGGCUAAGAGAUGGGUGAAGCAGAUUAGUUGUACGUACCCGUCUCGCCGAGGUUUAAGAUAUUUGUCAGGCCGGCAGUCAUCACUGGCCGCAAGUUACUUGUAG